AUGAAUAAACUAAAGUCCAUGUUACCACCCUCACUAAAUCUGACAUCGUCAUCAUCCACGGCGAAACGACAAUCGGAAAAUUUAGAACCUGAAAUCGGAUUUCAAUUAACCAUCGAAGCUAGUUCACCACAAAAUUCCAAUGAUCCUCAUGCACCAAAGACAGUCAUACCUGAAUUAAAUGUCCAUUUGUUGGCAGCGCGCCAUCUGCCGUCAUUGUUUGGUUUUAAAAUUGUACAGGGUUACUUGAUAAAAGUAAAGCUUUUUCCCGGUUCGAAGCGAAUGGACAGCACAAUACAGACAAACACCUGGCCGAAGUUUAAUGAAACUUUUAAAUUUCCCCUGGCACCGGAAAUCAAACCUUCACUGAAACAUUCAUCACGUCGUGGCAGCAAGGCGGCUGUGGCAGAGUUUACGCCUGAAGAACUUUUGGCUGGACAAUUUGUGGUUUUCACAGUUUAUGCCCUGCUGGAAUUACCACCAACGUCAUUUAAUCGCUUUAGUAAAACCUAUCGUUCACUAAAGGAUAAAGGCAGCAAUUUAAUGCAAAACAUCUUCGAAGAGAAAUCGGAUAAACCCACCAACACCAACGAUGAUAAGGAGAACACCAAAAAUAAACGAAAGUCGCAGGAUAAUCCAAGGGAUUCAAUGCCACCGCUCACAAUCAGUGAAUCGAGAAGAAAUUUAGGUGCCGUGACCUGUUAUUUACAACCAAAGCUAUUUAAACGCAAUUCACGCGGUGUAUUUGCCUCUGAGGAAUUAUGGAUGCCGAUUAAGGAUAUAAAUACAACCAUCAAGAAACCAAAUGAUAAUAAUAAUAAUUUAUCGAAUUCUACAAAAGGUGUUGUAGAACUCGUUUUAGAAGUACGAGAAGUGGGUGAGGCCAUCGACCCCACCAAUACCGAAAGUUCCGCAUCGUCCAUAUCGGCCUCCACGACGAGCAAUAUAAAUGGUAGUGAUUCCGUUGGUAGCACAACCAGCGUCUCGACCAUAACCUCCUCCAAAGAACCCAAAUCGUGGAAUAAUCGUAUGACAUCGGAUUUCAAGAAACGGAUGGGCAUCAGUAAUGUCAACACGAAGACACAGCAUAAGCUAAUGCUUAAGGUGACCACUUCGCGCAUGCGCUGUUCGAAUAAAGUCAAAGAUGAGUUGGAGGUAACGGCGGGAAGUGUCUACGUGAAGACGACCGUUUUCGAUAAUGGCAUUUAUAUUGAUUCAUGGAAAUCGCCAAAUUUCUAUCCCUCUCUGGCCACCAAAUGGGAUGUGGGUAAGGAGUUGGCCACUUUGAAUAUACCAUUGCCCAGUCUGGAACAUUUAGAUCGGAUAAUGAUCCGCACAACACUGGCAACAAAAACCAAAAUGGCCAAAAAAUUAGUAUUGGGUACGGUGGUAAUUGGCGGUCCGGCUUGUGGUACAACGUUAAGUGGUGCGGCGGCCGAACAAAUGUUGACACUGAAAGAGGCACCCCUAAAUGAACGCGUAGCUGUGUGGCAUUGUUAUCAGUAA